UACAAUGAAUGAUACAAGUAAAAACGAAGCCUUCAAAGCGAAGAAAAGAGGAUUUAAAGAGAGAAAGAGAGAGACUUUCAAAAUCCCAAACUCGAAUUUCUCCUCCAAUGGCUGGAAAAAACCACCUCUCAAAACCACCUUACCGAUUCUUCAAUGUAGACGCAGAAAACCCAGUAAUUACUGACGGUCCCGCUUUCGAAUUCGAUGAAUCCGACCUCUGGAAUUCCCAUCCUCUGCCCUCCCAAACGCGGCUCGAGCACAGGAAAUCAAAACCCAGUUUGGGAAUCUCGAAGAAACCGACAAGAAGGAAUGAGAACGGCGAUCGGACGGCUGCGGCUGCGUCAUCUCUGCCGGUUAGUAUACCUGACUGGUCGAAGAUCGUUCGAGAGGAUUGCGGAUACUCAGGAAUGGGAGAGAUCGACGGAGAUUCGGAUGGAGAGGAUUUUCAAAUCCCGCCGCACGAGUUCCUGGCGAAGCAGUACGCUAGAAGACGGAUCUCUUCGUUCUCGGUUCAUGAAGGGCUUGGAAGGACUCUCAAAGGGAGGGAUUUGAGUAGGGUUAGGAAUACGAUUUGGGAGAAAACGGGUUUUCAAGAUUAGAUUCUCAGAGAGAAAACCCAAUUCCCACAAACGGGUUUUCAAGAUUUCUAUUUUUAUUCUAUUUUUAUCUUUUAGUAACAUAAAGACUCUGUGUUUUUUUUUUUUUUUUUUUUUAAAAAUUUUAAUUCCGAUCGAACCGUCCAUUUUCUGGGCUGUGUUUUGGAUGGGUCACGAUCUGAUGAUUAUACCACUAAUUAUGGAAUGUGGUGUUUACCGUUGUAAAUUUUAUUUUCGACGGUCCAGCUUCAACGAUUUAUCAAUGGUUGGGAUUGGACACUCGACAUGAGUUUUGAAUUAUUGGCAAAUCCAAAAGAGUUGAAGAGGAUGGAAACUUACGGUCAUCCGGUCAUGUGGGUCCCAUUAAUCAUGCAAGAUGAAACUAUUCUGUAAUUUAAAUAUUGCAUUUGGAAUAAGAAAUCAAGAUAUUCUGUUCUCUCUCU